UCUGCAACGUAGCCCGAAACCUCGACCUCCAAGCGUCAUCAACAAAAUACGCGAAAAACAAUGCGACCUUAUUGACCGUAAGAUUCCCAAAGUGUGUUGCAACGUACCUCAAACGACAUCACCACCAAGUUCAAGCUUCACCACAGACCCUACGGCGGAAACGUCAAGACCCACCAAACACCCAAACUACGACAAGUUACCCAACGACAUUUGCGGACCAAUCACAAUGAAUCCCGGCUUCAGGAUAACGUCAGGAUCGAAAACGUUCCUGGGCGAGUUUCCCUGGAUGGCUCUCUUAAUUUACUACCAAAACGGAAUUUUCGAUUUUCGCUGCGGCGGUUCCUUGAUCAGCGAACGAUACGUCCUUACAGCCGCCCACUGUAUUACGGACAGUUUGGCCGGAAUUCGGCUUGGAGAGUACGACACGGGAAAGGUGCAGGACUGCGAGCACGGCACAUGUGCACCGUCAGUUCAGGAUUUUUAUAUCGAGAGCAACAAAGUGCAUGAGGAAUACAACUCGAGCACGUUCGCAAACGACAUAGCCCUGAUAAAACUGGCCACGCCGGCUGAGUUUAACGUGAACGUCAAACCGAUUUGUCUGCCGGUGGACUUUCCGGAGACCGAUCUGGCCGGCGAAGGAGCCAUUGUGUCCGGUUGGGGAGUGACGGAACACGGCACCAAAAGUUCCAAACUGUUGAAGGCCACGAUCCCCGUCCGAUUAGUCCAGGAGUGCCAAAGCAAGUACCAGAGAUUUGCUGAAGUUACGGACAAGCAGGUUUGUGCCGGCGGAGCGGACGGACAGGAUUCUUGCGGCGGGGACAGUGGGGGACCGAUGAAAUACAUUGCCUUUUUGAACGGAAUGCCGAGAUAUAUCCAAUAUGGGAUCGUCUCGUAUGGGCCCUCGCAAUGUGGGACACCAGGACAACCAGCUAUUUAUACAAGAGUGGGAAAGUACAUUGAUUGGAUAUUGGAUAAUAUAGACUGA